GAAAAUCCGUGAAAGGCAUGACUCAUACCGUUGCGUUUUGUUUGAUACUGAGAAACGAACUUGGGCUGGUCCGAUUUAAACUGACCGAUUAGCUAGAUUCCAGUUGAUUCGUUUGUGUCCCGCAUGAGUCACAACAUCAUAUAACUACGGUGAACUGGUAGUGUUUUUGGAUGAUAUUUUUAUGGAAAUAAGUGACUCCGCAUAUUAUUUGCUGUUAUCUUUGGUAAUAAUACCAGUGAAGUUGUUUUCGGAUCUGUGGUCUUGGAUUGGUUGGGAGUUAUACAAAAACAACUAAUUAACAAUGAGUGGACAAUUCCAGGAGAACCGUGACAUCAACAAUGUGAAAAAAAACCUUAAGCUUAACCUGAACAGCAAAAAUCUUAGUCUACCUUUAAAUCCACCCAUUUUAUCUUCACCAGAUUUGAAAAUGUUAAAAGUGGGCACACCAGAACUUGAGAACAUGAUUUUGAAUACCAACAUGACAAACACACCCACACCAUCAAUUGGCUUUCCCAAAGCUGUGACUGUGGAGCAGGAAUCUUUCACUGCAGGAUUUAUUGAAGCUCUACACAACUUGCACAACAACAGUUCAAUGCAUGGUUCGGACAGUAACACAAGCAGCAUAGUUAGUGAUUCAAACCUCUUUCACAUAAAAGAAGAACCACAAACAGUUCCGAACAUCGGUAACAGCCCCCCAAUGUCACCUGUAGACAUGGAACAACAGGAAAGAAUAAAACUAGAAAGAAAAAGACAGAGGAACCGAUUGGCAGCUUCUAAAUGCCGAUCUAGGAAGUUAGAGAGGAUUUCCAAGCUGGAGGAUAAAGUGAAGCAGUUGAAAAGUGAAAAUGCUGAUCUAACAUCGAUGAUGAACCAGAUGAAAGAAACUGUCAGUCUCUUGAAAUUGGAAGUGAUACAACAUAAUAAAGCUGGUUGUGAUUUGGGGUUCUAUACCCAAUGAUUUUUAAUUGGUUGUUUCUAGAUAUGUAUUAUAAUAUAUUUAUAUAUUUUUUAUAAAUAGUGUUAGUGAUUUAACAUGAAAUGUACCAGAUUGUAUUGAGUUUUUCAUAUUUAAGAGCUUUAUUUUAUA